AUGACCAUUUCUGAGAUGACCAUUCCUGAAAUGCAGUGGGCCCAAGUUGCCGAAAAGGUCGGAGGCCCACUUGUCUACAAGCAGAUUCCCGUACCCAAGCCGGGUCCCGAUCAGAUUCUAGUGAAGAUUCGCUACUCCGGCGUAUGCCACACUGAUCUGCAUGCGAUGAUGGGCCACUGGCCUAUCCCAGUCAAGUUCCCACUGGUCGGUGGACACGAAGGUGCUGGAGUGGUCGUGGCCAAGGGUGCACUGGUUAAUGGAUUUGAAAUCGGCGAUCACGCCGGCAUUAAGUGGAUCAACGGGUCCUGCUCUGAAUGUGAAUUCUGUCGGCAAUCGGACGACCCCUUGUGUGCCAAUGCACAGCUUUCGGGAUAUACUGUUGACGGCACUUUCCAGCAAUAUGCCGUCGGCAAGGCUACUCAUGCCUCGAAUAUUCCGAAAAAUGUUCCUCUUGAUGCAGCUGCCCCGGUUCUUUGCGCUGGUAUCACUGUUUAUAAGGGUUUGAAGGAAUCUGGGGUCCGGCCUGGUCAGACAGUUGCUAUCGUUGGAGCUGGUGGUGGCCUUGGUUCCCUUGCGCAGCAGUACGCUAAGGCUAUGGGUGUCAGGGUUGUAGCUGUAGAUGGAGGUGAUGAGAAGAAAGCUAUGUGUGAACAGCUCGGCACCGAGGCUUAUGUUGAUUUCACUAAGUCGAAAGACUUGGUGGCCGAUGUGAAAGCAGCGACUCCGGAUGGUCUUGGCGCGCAUGCCGUUAUUUUGUUGGCGGUGUCUGAAAAGCCUUUCCAACAGGCCACGGAAUAUGUUCGCUCCCGAGGGACAAUUAUCGCCAUCGGUUUGCCUCCAGAUGCGUUCCUUAAGGCGCCGGUUCUUAAUACAGUGGUCCGCAUGAUUAGUAUCAAGGGCAGUUACGUUGGAAACCGACAGGAUGGCGUGGAAGCUCUCGAUUUCUUUGCUCGAGGAUUGAUCAAAGCGCCGUUCAAGCUUGCUCCUUUGAAGGAUCUUCCAAAGAUCUUCGAUCUCAUGGAGCAAGGCAAAAUUGCUGGCCGCUAUGUGCUUGAGAUGCCAGAGUAG